AUGCCGGCGCCGGGAAACGUUGAAUCAAGCCGGAGACGAUGCCUAGCGAUAAUCAUAACAGGUAUAAUUCUCAAAACCCUAAUUAUAAUAACCCUAAUCGUAAUAUUCAUCCCCAUCGGAAACCCAAAAGUCCGAUUCAGAUCCGUCGCCGUCGACGAACCGUUGGUUUCGAAUUCCACCGGUUCGCCGUCGGUCCGCGUCCGGCUCAACGCUCAGUUGGCCGUAAGAAACCCAAAUUUGGGGCGGUUCAGGUUCGGCGACAGUGACGUGUCAAUCCUCCACAGGGGGAGGGUAAUCGGCCGGACGGUGGUGCCGGCGGGAAGCACCGCCGCGAGAUCGACUGAAAACGUGAACGUCACCAUUGCUGCGCUGGCGGGUGGUCGGAAUUUGGGGAAGGAGGAGUUGAGGUCGGGGAGAAUUAGGCUGUCCGGUGAGGCGACGUUUGAUGGGAAGAUUCAGGUUUUAAGGAUUGUCAGGAGGAAGAAGAAAGGGAUAAUGAAUUGUACGGUCGAUAUUGAUGUACGGACACGGAAAGUCCAGAGUUUGGUGCGUGUGUGA